CUGACGUCAGCCAGCCGGCCGCACUGGUGUUUACAGCCCGGGCCGAGCUGGUUACUUUCAGGAGUUCAGAAUGCUGGCGACUGCCGCGUCCUCCGGGCCUUAAAGGGGCCGCACCCCCACGGAAACCGCCCACCCCUCUUCUACCUUUUCACACCCCUGUUCCGGAUCCCACCCCCUCCUCGAGGUGUCUUCGGGCUUCCUCCUAGCUGCGGUCGCUUCUGUCCUUUUACCUCCCCCUCCUCAGCUCCUCUUCAGCAACCUGCCCGUCCCUCUGCUCUCUUUUCCAAUCUGGCUUGGGGAGGCAGAGGGUUCAGGGAACCAGACGAAGCCCCUCCCAAAGUGCUAAUCCCAACCUCGCUGCCCCUUCCCCAGAGUUCUGGACUCCCCUCUUCCCUUCCCCUGCCCCUUCCGUCCCCACUGGGGGGCCCCUGGGAGCGUCUCCGCUUCUUCAGGGAGGGGGCAUUUCCUAAUCUCAGGCCGGGGUUAAAGUUCUGGUCCCGGUGAGAUGCUGGAAGCUGCAGCCAGAAGCUCAUCGCCCCUCCGAGGUGCUGCUGCGUUCCCCGCUUCUGCCGCCGCCACCGCCGCUGCCACCACCACCUCCGCCCAGCCGGGGCCAUGUUCGCCCUGGGCUUGCCCUUCCUGGUACUCUUGGUGGCUCCAGCCGCGGGCAACCUGGGGGUCUUGGGGCCCAAGAACGUGUCCCAGAAGGAGGCCGAGUUUGAACGCAUCUACGAGGAUGAAGUCAACAGCGAGCUGGUCAACAUCUACACAUUUAACCACACUGUGACCCGAAACUGGACCGAGGGUGUGCGGGUGUCUGUAAACGUCUUGAACAAGCAGAACAAAGCGCCCGUGCUAUUUGUGGUUCGACAGAAGGAGGCUGUAGUGUCCUUCCAGGUGCCACUGAUUCUUCGGGGACUCUUCCAACGUAAGUAUCGAUACCAGGAUGUGGCUCGAACUCUCUGCCAGCCACCUACCAAAAGUGAGGCGGAGGUCCAGUUCUUCUAUGUGGAUGUGUCCACUCUGUCCCUGCUCAACACCACGUAUCGGCUGCGGGUCAGCCGCAUGGACAACUUUGUACUCAGGACUGGUGAGCAAUUCAGUUUUAAUACCACUGCAGCUCAGCCUCAGUACUUUAAAUACGAGUUCCCAGAAGGAGUAGACUCGGUGAUUGUCAAAGUGACUUCCAACAAGGCUUUUCCCUGUUCAGUCAUCUCCAUCCAAGACAUCUUGUGUCCUGUCUAUGACCUGGACAACAAUGUGGCCUUCAUUGGCAUGUACCAGACAAUGACUAAGAAGGCAGCUAUCACUGUGCAGAAGAAAGAUUUUCCCAGCAACAGCUUCUAUGUGGUGGUGGUGGUGAAGACCGAGGACCAGGCCUGUGGGGGCUCCUUGCCCUACUAUCCCUUUGGGGAAGAUGAACCAGUUGAUCAAGGGCAUCACCAGAAAACUCUGACCGUCAUGGUGUCUCCAGCAAUCACAUCUGAGGCCUACGUUGGGGGCAUGCUCUUCUGCCUGGGCAUUUUCCUGUCCUUCUACUUGCUGACCGUGCUACUGGCCUGUUGGGAAAACUGGAGGCAAAGGAAGAAGACUCUGCUGGUGGCCAUGGACCGUCCCUGCUCAGAAAGUGGUCACCCUCGAGUCUUGGCUGAUUCCUUCCCUGGCUCCUCUCCUUACGACGGUUACAGUUAUGGCUCCUUUGAGAAUGGCUCAAGUUCUGCUGAUGGAGCGAUAGACAGCACUGGCUCUGUGGAUGUCUCCUACAGUUAUUCAGGAUACGACCAGUUCAAGCGACGCCUCCCCUCUGGCCAGAUGCGGCAGCUGUGCAUUGCCAUGGACCCAGUUGGCAGCCGGCCUCGGCUGGACUCCCUGAGCUCCGUGGAGGAGGACGACUAUGAUACACUGACUGACAUUGAAUCUGACAAAAACGUCAUCCGAACCAAGCAAUACUUGUACGUAGCAGACCUGGCCCGAAAGGACAAACGGGUUCUGCGGAAGAAGUACCAGAUUUACUUCUGGAACAUUGCUACCAUUGCUGUUUUCUAUGCUCUCCCAGUGGUGCAGUUGGUGAUCACCUACCAGACGGUGGUGAAUGUCACAGGGAAUCAGGACAUCUGCUACUACAACUUCCUCUGUGCCCAUCCCCUGGGCAACCUCAGCGCCUUCAACAAUAUCCUCAGUAACUUGGGUUACAUCCUGCUGGGGCUUCUAUUCCUGCUCAUCAUCUUGCAGCGAGAAAUCAACUACAACCGAGCCCUCAUGCGAAAUGACCUUUAUGCCCUGGAAUGUGGAAUCCCAAAGCACUUUGGGCUCUUCUAUGCUAUGGGUACAGCCUUGAUGAUGGAGGGACUGCUCAGUGCCUGCUACCAUGUUUGCCCCAACUAUACAAACUUUCAAUUUGACACAUCAUUCAUGUACAUGAUUGCGGGGCUCUGCAUGCUGAAGCUCUAUCAGAAGCGACACCCUGACAUUAAUGCCAGUGCCUACAGCGCCUAUGCCUGCCUCGCCAUUGUCAUCUUCUUUUCUGUGCUGGGGGUGGUAUUCGGCAAAGGGAACAUGGUGUUCUGGAUUGUCUUCUCUGUCAUCCACAUCAUUGCUACACUCCUACUCAGUACCCAACUCUACUACAUGGGCCGCUGGAAGCUGGAUUCUGGGAUCUUCCGCCGGAUUCUUCACGUGGUCUAUACAGACUGUAUCCGGCAAUGCAGUGGGCCCCUGUAUGUGGACCGAAUGGUGCUACUGGUUAUGGGCAACAUCAUCAACUGGUCACUUGCUGCCUAUGGGCUCAUCAUGCGCCCUAAUGACUUUGCUUCCUACCUGCUGGCCAUCGGCAUCUGCAAUCUUCUUCUUUAUUUUGCUUUCUAUAUCAUCAUGAAGCUCCGGAGUGGGGAGAGGAUCAAACUCAUACCUCUUCUCUGUAUCAUCUGUACCUCUGUGGUCUGGGGCUUUGCUCUUUUCUUCUUCUUCCAGGGACUCAGCACCUGGCAGAAAACUCCUGCCGAGUCGAGGGAGCACAAUCGUGACUGUAUCCUGCUCGAUUUCUUUGAUGACCAUGACAUCUGGCACUUCCUCUCCUCCAUUGCCAUGUUUGGGUCCUUCUUGGUGCUGCUGACCCUGGAUGAUGACUUAGACACCGUACAACGGGACAAGAUCUAUGUCUUCUAGUGGACGCUGCAUCCCCCUCCCCAUGGAUCUUCACGCCUUGGCACUUCGCGGAGCCUCGCUAGGCCUAGGGCAGGGUUGUUCGGGACCUUCUGCCCAGUGCCUCAGCGUGGUGGGACAGGUUUUCUGCCCAGCUCCUUAGGAAGGCAUUGGGACCUUCAUGGGAGGACGGUCGUGUCUCUCUGUAAGCUGCACUCUGCCCUUUGCCUGGGGGAAAGGGGAGCCGGGCCACCGGGGGUCCUGUCGCCCCCCUCCCCUGACGUUUGAACUUUGGCCAAACUUGCUGCUUCCUCCUCAGUAUUUGGACCCCUCAAAGAGCCUGUCUGUGGGGGAAGGGAAGGGGUGACGCUGCUCUCUUGUAGGGCUCUCCUCUUCUCCUUUGGGUGUCCCCCGUACGGGACCCCCAUGUCCUCCUCGUUGCUGCAGUUCUGGAUAGGGGCCAGAGUUUGAUUUUCCGUCCAAUGUCAGCUCUUUUAAUGUGUGUGUGCUGGAUGAGCGAGCUUUGCCCACUCUGAAUGGGGCCAGGAUACUGAAACCGGAGGAAUCUGGGCCUUGUUUCCCUCUGGCGUGUUCCCUGGUGGAUGGGAGACAUUUUUUACAAUGAAGGCCAGAGAGCUCACAUUAUGGGCCUUCGUGUAGCCCCGAGCCCUUUGGAACGGAAUAGCUUAAGAAGGCUCUCGACUUCCCCAUGGCGAGGCUACCAGAGGACGAGAGCCAGGCCGCCUCUUCCCUCCUCCCGUUGCUUUCUGUGCCCCGGUGCCCUGGUGCCUGCCAAACACCCUGGGGGUCCCCUCAGUGCCAUUGCUUGCCCCCGAGGCAAAGGGGGAGGAGAUGCGAGGGUGACAGAGAAGGGAACCCAUUCCAGCCUCCUGCAGUGCCUAUAUCUAAGGCCAGUCAGGGCAUGGACAUGCUUGUCUUUAGCCCCCAGGACUGGGCUAAGGGACUUGGCCCUGUUUUCAUCCAGGCUUCUGUUGUGGGAUUAAAGACAGACAGACAGAAGCGCGUGCACACACACACACACACACACACACACACUUUGGAGUUUACAAUGAGUCUGUGUAACUCACACUCCAGCUUUCGGUCAGCUCUCCUGCUGGCCCUUGGCUGCCUCCCCCCGCCCUCCCAGAUUUAGGUGCCAUUGUGAGAGGAGAGGAAUGAGCCUGGGAAAGGGGCUAGGCCUCAGGGUGUAGGAACUUUUUUUCCCCUGGAUUCCCAACUUUGUUCUUACAACUUUCCCUGGGGAGUCAUGGAGGUUUUUUUAAAACUAUUUUAUGUCUGUUUCCACAUCAUGGUGGAAUCUCUGUUUUCUAUAAAUGAUUGCAUUCAAUUAAAGGAAUGACCAGAUGCA